GGGCUCCUGCUGCAGCGUCAGCCCCUGUCCGGCUUCGGUGGCUGCGGCGGCCCCGAUCCCGCCGCUUCAGCCCCGGCGACCUUUGGGGCCCCUCGCCCCAGAUCCGCAGCACCGCCCAUCCUCGUCGCCUCGGCGCCGGCCUAGGCCGCGGCCGCAGCCCCGGGCUCGCGUCGGUGCCGCCCGCUCCCGGCCCGCCCCCUAUGGGCCCCGGCUAGAGGCGCCGCCGCCGCCGGCCCGCGGAGCCCCGAUGCUGGCCCGGAGGAAGCCGGUGCUGCCGGCGCUCACCAUCAACCCCGCCAUCGCCGAGGGCCCGUCCCCUAAAGCACACCUGGUGGGCCUCCAGAAGAAGCUAGAGGAGCUAGAGCUUGACGAGCAGCAGAAGAAGCGGCUGGAAGCCUUCCUUACCCAGAAGGCCAAAGUCGGUGAACUCAAGGACGAUGACUUCGAACGGAUCUCCGAGCUGGGAGCCGGCAGUGGCGGAGUGGUCACCAAGGUCCAGCACAGACCCUCGGGCCUCAUCAUGGCCAGAAAGCUGAUCCACCUGGAGAUCAAGCCAGCCAUCCGGAACCAGAUCAUUCGAGAGCUACAAGUGUUGCACGAGUGCAACUCCCCGUACAUCGUGGGCUUCUACGGGGCCUUCCACAGCGACGGCGAAAUCAGCAUCUGCAUGGAGCACAUGGAUGGCGGCUCCCUGGACCAGGUGUUGAAAGAAGCCAAGAGAAUCCCCGAAGAGAUCCUGGGCAAGGUCAGCAUCGCGGUUCUGCGGGGCCUGGCAUACCUCCGGGAGAAACACCAGAUCAUGCACCGAGACGUGAAGCCGUCCAACAUCCUCGUCAACUCCCGAGGGGAGAUCAAGCUGUGUGACUUCGGGGUGAGCGGCCAGCUCAUCGACUCCAUGGCCAACUCCUUCGUGGGGACGCGGUCCUACAUGUCUCCGGAGCGGCUACAAGGCACCCACUACUCGGUGCAGUCAGACAUCUGGAGCAUGGGCCUGUCCCUGGUGGAACUGUCCAUCGGAAGGUACCCCAUCCCCCCGCCGGAUGCCAAGGAGCUGGAGGCCAUAUUUGGCCGGCCCAUGGUCGAUGGUGUGGAAGGAGAACCUCCCAGCAUCUCGCCGCGGCCGAGGCCCCCCGGACGCCCCAUCAGCGGUCACGGGAUGGACAGCCGGCCAGCCAUGGCGAUCUUUGAGCUGCUGGACUACAUCGUGAACGAGCCUCCUCCCAAGCUGCCCAACGGUGUGUUCACCCAGGACUUCCAGGAGUUUGUAAAUAAAUGCCUAAUUAAGAACCCAGCUGAGCGAGCAGACCUGAAGAUGCUCAUGAACCACACCUUCAUCAAGCGGUCCGAGGUGGAAGAAGUGGAUUUUGCUGGCUGGUUGUGUAAAACACUGCGGCUAAACCAGCCCAGCACGCCCACACGCACCGCCGUGUGACGGUGGUCCUGCUGCUGCCACCAGGCCUUCCCCCCACCCCACCUGCCCCUCCUGCCAUGCCCUCCGAGGGGACGCACAUGUGGCCCUCAGGCCCAGGGAGGCCGAUACUGCUGUGCUGUCUUC